AUGGAGGUCAGCACGGAGAAGUGGAAGAUUAUGGUGAACAGCACAACCAACACCAGUGCAUACAUCACCAUGAACAACGAGAAGCUAGAAGAAAUGACCGGCUUCAAGUAUCGUGCAAAGAUAGUGGAAAUUGGACUGACGCGAGUCGGUGUAUUCUGUGUUGACUACGGAGAGAGCAUGCGGCAAUAUGCCACUCAGAUUGCCCAGCUUCCCUCCAAAUUCACGCUUCUUACUCCCCAGGCCAAGAAGUACCAGCUGGCAUUUGUGAAGCUACCAGACGAAACAGACCCAUUGUUCCAUGAAGCACAUUUCGCCUUCGAAACAGCCAUAAGGAAUCGUCAGCUCCUGUUGAACGUGGAGCAUUGCAUCGGUGACGUAGAAUCGGUGUCCCUGUCCGACCCAGAUUCUAGAUAUGAUGUCGCAAAGGGUCUGAUCAUCGCAAGGCAUGGGCGAGAAAAGGGGUUUAUCGAUGUCCUCACUGAGUACUACAACGAACAGAAGGUGGCCAAAUACAGCAAGAUCUGGGCUGAAGAGUCAAAGGAAGUGAAGGAGGCAUAUGAGUCUGAUAAUAAUCAGGUCACGUACCACAAGGUCGUUAUCACUAAAGUCGAUACUGACCUCAAGUUCAUUGCGCAGACUGUCGAGAAUGGUUCUCUUCUAAAAAAGCUGAUGGAGCAUCUACGAAUCGAAAUGAUGACCAACCCUCCGCUGCCCGGGGCCUACACACCGAAGACGGGGGACAUGUGUGCCGCGCCGUUCUCAGAGUUUAAUAUGUCCUUUUCAGGGCCGAUACAGUACAAUCAGUGGUGUCGUGCAAAGAUUAAGGAAAUUAAGGGAUCAUUUGUCGAGUUACUUUUUGUUGACUAUGGAGUGUCUGGCGAGAUACCCGCCAACGAGAUUGCUCGGCUGGACUCUAAAUUCACGCAAUUGAGUCCUCAGGCGCAGAAGUACAAGCUAGCAUUUGUACGGCCACCAGAUGACGAUUCCGCAAAGUUUGACGCGGAUAGGGCGUUCAAAAACAGCAUACUGCACCAUCAAUUCUUGUUGAAUGUGGAAAAUUGUAUCGGUGACGUAGAAAUGGUAUCCCUCUGCGACCUAGAUUCCAAAAAUAACGUCGCCAAGAGUUUGAUUACCGCCGGUCUUGUGUUGUGCGAACCGGGGCGAGAGCAGUGUUUUGUCAGUGUCCUCUCAGAGUACCAUAAGGCACAGGAAGUGGAAAAAAAGAUCAGGUGCACGGAUAGUGCAAAGGAAUCGCGCCACGGUAUCCACCAGUUUGUUUUGUCCCACCUCCAUGCAACAGAAGAAACGUUGUCAUUGGUGUGA